AUACCCAAAAUAUCUCUCUCUCUCUCUCUCUCUCUCUACAUAUAUACAUAUACACCCAAGAAAAACAAGCCGCAGAAGUUAUUUAAACCCUUAAAACCUCCUUAACCUCCUUAAACCUCACUUCUUUAUCUACAAUUUCUGUGAAGAAAUGCUGAUGAGCGGAGCGUGUGGUGGCGUCCGUACAUCUGGCUUGCAUUUGACGGAGAAGCCUUUUCUUCGAUCAUUUACUCGGCGCCGGCGACUCUUUGCUACGUCAUGCUCUGUUUCGAGAAAUAAAGAGAAGGUCAUAGUAAUAUCUGGGCCCACCGGAGCUGGAAAGAGCCGGCUUGCUAUUGAGCUGGCCAAGCGCCUCAAUGGUGAAAUCAUCAGUGCUGACUCUGUUCAAGUUUAUCAAGGUCUUGAUGUUGGGUCUGCUAAGCCAUCUUUGAUUGAUAGAAAGGAAGUGCCACAUCAUCUGAUUGACAUAUUGCACCCAUCUGAAGACUAUUCUGUUGGGAAAUUUUUUGAAGAUGCAAGGCAAACUACGAAAGAUAUUCUCAAUAGAGGUCAUGUUCCUAUUGUUACUGGUGGGACUGGACUGUAUUUACGAUGGUUCAUCUAUGGGAAGCCAGAUGUUCCAAAAGCCUCGCGGGAGAUUACAGCUGAAGUAUAUUCUGAACUUGCAGAUCUACAGAGAGAUGAGGACUGGGAUGCAGCUGUGGAGUUGGUUGUCAAAGCAGGAGGUCCAAAAGCACGGUCUUUGGCUGCCAAUGAUUGGUAUCGUUUACGGCGCAGCCUUGAGAUAAUCAAGUCCACUGGAUCUCCUCCAUCUGCUUUCCAAAUACCAUAUGAUUCUUUCAGGGAACAAUCUAGUUGUAGUGAAACAGUCCAAUCUCAUGACAGAAACUCUUCUGCUGGUGUGCCUGAGCCAAAUUCAAAGGAGCUGGAUUAUGACUUCAGUUGCUUUUUCCUCUCAAGCCAGAGGCUUGAUCUUUACAGAUCAAUUGAUUCACGUUGUGAAGAUAUGCUUUCAGGAAAGGAUGGGAUUCUGUCUGAGGCCACAUGGCUUCUUGAUAUGGGUCUUCUUCCAAAUUCAAAUUCUGCAACUCGAGCAAUUGGUUAUAGACAAGCAAUGGAGUAUCUCCUAAGAUGUAGGGAAAAAGGGGGUAGAAGUUCCACUGGAGAAUUUUAUUCUUUUCUAUCAGAAUUUCAAAAAGCAUCUAGAAAUUUUGCAAAAAGGCAAAUGACAUGGUUCCGUAAUGAGCACAUAUAUCAAUGGCUUAAUGCUUCUAGAUCCCUGGAAAGUGUGCUUGACUUCAUUAGCGAUGCAUACCAUGAUCAAACUGGAACUUUGACUGUGCCUGAAUCUCUUCGAAUGAAAAAAGAUAUGACUAACCCCCGAGAAGUUUCUGAACUCAAGGCUUACCGCCCUAUAAACAGGCAUUUCAUCAGCCGAGAAGACUGUUCUGAUGUUCUUGACUGGAUAAUGAGAACUCAAGGUGAAACUUGUGGACUCCAGCAGCCAAGCAUGGUUUGAGUGUUUACUUACAUACAGGGUCAGAAGCCGAAUCGAUCUUGCAUUUGAACAUGUAAAAGGUAUAUAAUCUGCAAUAAGCAGAAGCUCGUUUUUCCAUUUUAUUAUUCAAUUUUUCCAACGUUAGUUGCUUUUUCUUUCUAAAUUUUUUGCAUUGCUAUGUAAUGAAAUUGUUAUGUUCAUUGGUGUGCAGUUUACAUUAUAUUUGUAACCUCAAAUUCAUGUCUCUCAAUAUCACAAAGUUUCAAGUUCAAUCCUAAAA